GUUGCUCAGAACAGUGAAAAGCUUCAAGACAGCCCCUGUGUUUUUGUCCUUUCACCAAGACAAGUCGACCUGAUAAAGAAUUCAAGAGAUUUACACCCUGGCACUAAAUCUGUUCAAGUGGUUUUGAGGAUUUGUUAUACAGACACCAGCUGCCCACAGGAGGAUCAGUACCCGCCUAAUAUUGCUGUAAAGGUUAAUCACAACUAUUGUUCUGUACCGGGUUACUAUCCCUCCAAUAAACCUGGUGUUGAACCCAAACGACCAUGCAGACCCAUAAACCUCACUAAUCUUAUGUAUCUGUCUUCAGCUAGCAACAGAGUGACGGUAACUUGGGGAAAUUAUGGCAAGAGUUACUCUGUCGGCUUGUAUCUGGUAAGGCAAAGAACCUCAUCUGAACUCCUCCAGAGACUGAAAACUAUUGGAGUGAAGCAUCCGGAACUGUGCAAGACUCUGGUGAGAGAGAAACUGUGUUUGGAUCCUGACAGUGAAAUUGCCACUACGGGGGUUAGAGUGUCUCUUAUUUGCCCGCUUGUCAAGAUGCGCCUGACUGUACCCUGUCGAGCAGAGACCUGUGCUCACCUCCAGUGCUUUGAUGCAGUGUUUUAUUUACAAAUGAAUGAAAAGAAACCAACAUGGACUUGCCCAGUGUGUGACAAGCCUGCUCAAUAUGAUCAGCUUAUAAUAGAUGGUCUUUUGUCCAAAAUCCUUAGUGAAUGUAAGGAUGCAGAUGAGAUAGAGUUUUUGGUGGAUGGUUCUUGGCGCCCAAUAAAGGCAGAAAAAGAGAGAAGCUGCAGUCCGGUCUGUCCUGUUCUUGAAAUAGGUAUUUGCACGUGCAUGUUCCCUCACCGUUUUUCUAUUUUUUUUUUGUUUUUUUUGGCCAGCUCUUCAUAUUUUAUCUCUAAAAACAGCCCGUUUUUGAACAGUUAUCUAAAUGUUACUAAUGACCCUUUACUGUCUACCAGGAUCUCCUGA